UUUAAAAACUUUGAGACUUCAAAUGAGUAUUUAAACCAGAAAAUGUUGACAUCUACCUACUUUAUGAGUAUGGUGAAAACCUUUGGGACAUGACGUCGUGUAGGUGUUUAAGUGUCACAUUCAGGGUCAUGGGUUUGUUUAAAUCAGUAAAAAUUACGCUUGUCUCAGAAAACCACACUAUUAUUGUUAAGCAAAUCUCAUCGGCUUUUAGAUUUGAAACAUUUGUGAACAAAAUUUGCAACAUGACUGAUCAACCUCAGCGAAAUCAAAGAAUGUAUACACAGACCCUAUCUGUUGGCUGACCUUUGUGUGUGGACCGUAGCCAAUAAAAACAUGGGACACAUUCCAGGAAUUCUCUGGUCCAAUAGAAACCACUUUUCAUGUCAUCAUGACUGCAGGUCUUUGUUAUAGGAAGAAGAAAGCAUUAAAUGAUAAAGACUCCAUGGAAUAUAUGAUAAUGUGUACAUUUAAUUUAUAUAUGAGUGCAAGUGUGAAGGUAUCCUUGAGCACUAUUGACCAUUUAGAAAAAUACUAAUGUAAUAUAAAAAUGAACCUCUACCAUCAGAAAACUUAAAAGAUAUAUAAUUUAUAAUUUUUCUUAAAGCCAGUCUGCGUGUUGUACACUGGUAACUCUCCAUUGAGUCGUUCAUAUUCAAAACAUGUUAAGCGAAUGAUUUCAGCCACUCAGUGAAUGUCUAUUAAGAGUCGUGUGUUGUCAGAGUGUUUAUCAGUUUUGGCGAGCCGUUGUCGAGGAAGUAUCAGGUAUCGCUGUUGUCACAAGGUGGCUCCGCCCCCCAUAUACCUGUAUGGCAGGAAUUCGACAGGCGGGGUCACGCUCAACUCUUCUCAUUCCUUUUCAUGCUUAGCCAGAUGACAAACAACAGCCGAGCGCGGCUCGUACAAAAGACAAAACAGACAUGGAGGAAAUGACGAUAUGGGAGCAGCACACCGCCACUUUAACGAAAGACUCCAAGGUUGGCUUCGGUUUUGCCGUUUCAGGUGGGCUGGACAAACCCAAUCCAGCAAAUGGGGACACAACAGUGAUUGUCUCCGAUGUUAUUUCAAACGGCCCCGCGAUGGGACGGCUUCAAACACGAGAUCAGAUAGUUAUGGUGAAUGGAGUUUCGAUGGAGAACGUCACCUCGCUGUACACUAUUCAAAAUCUGAGGAAAUGUGGGAAAACGGCAAAUAUUACUGUGAAGAGACCACGCACGAUUCAGAUUCCCGUGAGCAACAGACCUUCCCGCUCCACCUCACAAUCCAACUUACUGGACGACAAUGGACCGCAGCGCAAGGGUCAGCGUGGCACAGACGGUGGCCGCAACCGGCGAACUCGAAGCGUGACACCCGACCGCAACGGUCAUGAUCUCCCCAUCAUGUCUGGCUUCAAGAGACUGCCCAAUCAGGACGUGCAAGAUAAACCAAUCAGAGCGACCCUUGUCAAGAAAAAACCAACAGAUGAGUACGGAAUGAAAUUGGGCAGUCAGAUCUUUAUCAAGCACAUGACGCCCACCGGUCUGGCUUCAAAAGACGGCACCCUUCAAGAAGGAGAUCUGGUUCUAAAGAUCAACGGCAUGACAACAGAGAAUCUGUCUUUGCUGGAGACCAAACAUCUCGUGGAGAAGUCCAGAGGUAAGCUCACCAUGUUGGUGUUAAGGGACGACAGAAAGUUCCUGGUCAGUAUUCCUGAAGUGGAGGACAGUCCUCAGAACAGCGCGGAUGAGAGACACGAAGACAGCAGCUCGGAGUUGGAGGAUAUCUCAGAUCUGGAUGUAGGAGCCCCAGCAAAUCGAACAUCUCGUCCAAGAGAUCGACGCUCUCGCAAAAAUCGUGCCGAUCCUGUUCCCCUGGCAAAGCCUCGUGAUUCUCCUCCUCUGCGCUCCACCCUCACGCGACCCACGGCUAAGUCGACGGCCCCUCGCAGAGUUCCCUCGGAGUCUGAAUCGGACCACAGCAACUCGUCUCCCCCGUCAAGAUACGACACUCUGGACAGAACCAAUUAUAAGGUUCUCUCGGGGGUCUCCGCACUGCCAAACCCUCGAGCUUCACCCGUCACCCAGAACUGGAACUCCUCCACCGCCUCACGUACUCGCAGAGCGGUUUCCGAGUCCGAUUCAGAUCGGAGCCAGUCUCCACCCCCAAAGCACCAGAGUCCCAAGACUGACAAUCACUCCAGAUACAAAGUGCUUCCUGAUCUCCCUCCUCCUGGUUUGAAGUCUUCCUCGCUCAGCAUGUCUCAGGAUUUCCCUCGACGCAUAGCCUCGCCUUACAGGCCGUCACCCAGAGCAUCAGAAUCUGAAUCGGAUGAUAACGUCGCACCUUCACGUCGACAGGGCACGCCAGCCGGCCAAGAGUCCCGCAAUAGAUACAGGGUGCUCCCUGAGGUUAACGCAGCCCCUAAAGUGGAACCUCCAAAAUGGGCAAAACCCUCUAAACCUGUAGAGCGAGCUCCAUCAGAGUCUGAGUCAGAUCCUGACACAGCGAGUUACAACCCUCCACCAAAAGCACAGACGUCAACCAGUAAAUACUCUAGAAUGAAACAAGGACCUGAAAUUCCAGAUCCAAUCAUCAACAGUCGACAGGAAGCUCCGGUCAGAGCAGCACCUACCAGACCACCACCUGAAGAUUCUUCUGAAUCAGAAAGAGCCUCCUCACCUUCCAGGGCAUUAGAGAGUCCAGCCCACAACAUCGAUCACAGUUUUCCACGUUCUUACGACACUCUCCGCUCUGAUGCGUCUCUACCCAACCACACCAGGAUAACCUCCAAACCGGUUGAGGAACCCCUUUAUUCACUUCCGCCAGACGCCGUGCCUACACCAAACCCGGGGUACAGCUCGGACCAGAACCACAUCAGCUUUGUGAAGGAAGGCAAUGUUGGGUUGAGGUUGGUGGGAGGAAAUGAUGUCGGUAUCUUUGUCGGAGGUAUCCAGCCGAACAGUCCAGCUCAGAAUCAGGGCAUAAAGGAAGGUGAUCAGAUACUGGAGGUAAAUGGUGUGGAUUUUACCCACUUCACCAGGGAGGAAGCUGCGAUGAAUCUCAUGAACAUCCGUGCUGGGGAACGUAUUGAUAUCCGGACACAGAAUAAAAUGGACAUCUACAGGAAGAUCACAAAGUCCAGUUUGGGAGACUCUUUCUACAUCCGCACACACUUCGACCACGUGGCCGAAAACACUCACGACCUCAGUUUCACCCGAGGUGAGGUGUUCAGAGUUCUGGACACGAUGCACCGCGGGAAGCUGGGAACCUGGCUGGCUGUGCGCAUGGGCAAUGACCUACACGAGUUGGAUAAAGGAACCAUUCCUAACCAAAACAGAGCCGAAACGUUGGCCAAUUUGGAGCAGGCACAGAGAAUCAGCGCCGCCGAGAAACAAUCCUCUGGCCCCCGGGCAGAAUUCUGGAAGCUACGGGGUCUCAGAGGAGCCAAGAAGAACACCAGAAGAACUCGUGAUGACCUUUUGCAGUUGACAAUCCAGGGGAAAUUUCCAGCAUAUGAGAAGGUCCUGUUGAGAGAGGCAAAUUUCAAGCGGCCCAUUGUCAUUUUGGGUCCUCUGAAUGACAUCGCCAAUGAGAAGCUGGCUAGAGAAAAGCCUGAUGAAUUUGAAAUCGCAGAAAUGGUAGCCAGGGCUGGAAGUGAAAGUUCAUCCAGCGUCAUCAAGCUGGACGCAGUGAGGCGAAUAGCAGAACAGGACAAACACCCCCUGCUGGACAUUACUCCCACCGCAGUAGAACGAUUGAAUUAUAUCCAGUACCAUCCCAUGGUGAUUUUCCUGGACCCUCAUAGUCGGAAGGACGUGAAGAGCAUGAGGCAGAGACACAUGCCUGAAUCCAACAAGAGCUCUCGUCGCCUGUACGCUCAGGCUCUGAAGCUGAGAAAACACUAUAGCCAUCUGUUUUCUGCACGUGUUGAUCUUCUGCCAGACACUAACAUGUGGUACGACGUUGUGAAAGACAAGAUUCGCCUGCAGCAGUCUAAACCUGUCUGGGUUUCAGAAGUAACGUUGGAUGGAGGUAGUGAAGAAGAGCUUGACGCGCUCAGCCGCUCGCACAACUCCGACUACCUCAGCGGUGCCAGUGACUAUGAGGACACAGAUGGUGAGGCCUUCACGGACGGCGAAGCCUACACUGAUAACGAAGAGCUGGAUGAGCCCACGGCUGGAGUCCUCGCACGCCGUGGGACCGCAUUGGCCCGUUCCUCAGAGCCCGCAGAUGAGCAGGACCCCAGCCCUGAACCUCCGUAUGAUUCAGAAUCGUACCUGGAUGAAGAACCAGAGUACACCCAGCCUCCCUCGGUGCUACCUCCCAUGCUGCACGUUCCAGAGCCCCGAAUGCCACACUUCGCUUCCAGCAGCACUCAAGAACAGGAUGACGUCCCAUCACAGCAUAGCUUUACGGAUUCAGAUUUCAGCGCCAAUGACAUGGCAGCACCACCGGCACCCUCCUACGCACCGCCAAACUACAGGGCACCGGACCCUUCAGAGCGGCAAGCAGAAACUCCUCCCUUGUCGGCCAUUGAGGAGAAACUACAGCAGACUCGUUUGGAGGAACCUGCGAGGAAGCAGUCCCCAUUAUUUAUAGUGUUGUCCCAUCAUGAAGCUUUGCAAACACGGAGGUCACGCAUCAGAGGAAGUGACAGCGAUAGUGACCAUAAUGAUGGCAAUGACAGGGAUGAUGAUGAUUAUGGUGAUGAUAUAGGUGAUGACAUUGAAUGGGGGCCUGCCACAGAGCUCUAAUAUACACAGACCAACAUCACAGAGCUCUCGUGCUUCACAUUUGGAACCUGUACAUUCCCAAAACCAAACUGAAAAAAUAACAUUUUAAUGUCAUCUUUUUAUAAAGUGGACCUAUGGAUUUAUUGAUGACUAUAAUCCUGGAUCAAUUGGGAAAAUGUAGAAUCCUUUUGCGGGUUUUGGUGCUCUAAUCUCCCUUGAGAUUGUUUCAUAAACAAAAGUUGUAAUGAACUAGGGUAUGUUAUACCCUAUUCAGUAACUCUAGAUAUUAUUUUAAUUUUGUAUUUUUAAAUAAAUGAAUUUUAUUUCUCAAAA